AUGGUCUGGCGAACGACUCUCGUGACGAUGUCUACCUGCUUCCUUUUGGGGACUACGUUUACUCACUGGAUAGCCGAUCACAACGUACUAUGGCGCUCGCCCGUCACUCCUGAUGCUCUCGUCACUUCCAUAAAAUACUACUCAUACAUCAGCAAUGCGCCGAACGGGAUGGGCUGGUUCUAUAUAGCUGUAGGGAUAGUCGCUUUGCUGAGUGCCGGAGGUAGAGCUGUCAAGGGCUAUCAGGGACAAGGGGGCGAAGUGCUUUUCGAUGGGGGCAGUAUAGUACUCUGGGCUGCCAUCGCCUAUACGCAGGUGGCGGAGGUGUACCCUACUAUCAAACGUAUCCCUUCACCUCUACCGGCCUCUCUGAUUGAAGACAAAUCCUAUCCUGAAUUAGUCACCGCGGUUCGAGACCUUGCUACAAACAAUAUCAUGACUGCUGUCAUGUUGACUGGUAUAAUGUUACUACAGGCGGGCCGAUACUACUCAAAAGCACCUGCAGGAGAUUUACCACCAUCAGUCGAUGUCUCCGCUGCUUCUACACCUGGAAGAGCUUCUUCACCAGAGAGUGAUCCUACACCUGUCAUCAAGCGGUCCGGAACUCCCUUCCGUGAGCUGACAGCGGAGGAAUCAGCCGAAUUGACCGGGAGAUGA